AUGGAAUUCACUAUCUGUAAUACCAUAAAGAAUCCUCGGAGCACGGCAUCCGAGCCCGCAGCCUGCAUCCGACGGGUUCGCGAGGGUGCUGCGCGCAACGAUGCGGAGCGCGAGCGGCGCGCGCGCGGCGACUGGGAGGCGAGGGCGCGCGCCGCGGAGGCCGACGCUGCAAGACUUGCUGGGAAACUACACGCUGCACAACGAGAGAUUGCCAGAAUGGAGGAUACGGUUCGCUCGUUGCUGCAAUACAAAGGCCGCGUGGAAACUCUGAAGCAGGAGAAGGCUUCGUUAUCCGUCGCGCUGGAGGCAUCAGCGUCACACUACCAAAGUCAGCUAUCAGUUCUGUCUGCCGAGAACGAACGUCUCCGUGAAGAACUGACGGCCCUGUCGGCUGGCGUGCGUGACUCUGAACACGAGAAGAGACUGGAUGAUGUGGCCCAGCAGGUCGUGCGAGCAUUACUCUCGCAGAAGAGUGUUCGUGAGGAGUUGGGCUGCGCUCGCGCACGUAUCCGCGAGUUGGAAGCUCAGAACAGAGCGUUGAGUUCACUCCUCGUGCGACAGCUGCGGCCACAACCAAGACCCUCGCCAGCCACACCCCUCACGCCACACACGAACAGGGACCUACAAGUACACUUAGUGGAUGUCGGUUCUUGCGGGUCGUUGGUAUCAUUCAGAGACUCCCCUCCCCCCGCGCCGCCGGCUCCUCAGCCUCACCCCCUCAGCCAGGACGACAAGCGGAGACAUCAAAUACUAGCGGACAUCUGGACCGAGCUGAAGGGCCUGGAGGUGACCCCAGCUAACUUAGCGCGAGCCUUGUCCGCGGUGGACCCUACAUUGUGGGCACCCCCAGCGAGACCAGCGACGCUGAGCCUCAGCGUGCCACAACCCACCGAACAGACGCAAAGUGCUACGAGGGGGAAGGCGACGGAAGAGGAAACGGGCGAGGCGGGCGUGGAGUCGCCGGAGAGCGGGGCCAAGGACGAGGGAUACUCGACGAUGUCCAGCGACGUGCAGGCUGACGCGUCCCGACAGAGUGACCACGUGGGCGACCCUCUGCCCGACCUCAACGAAGCCUCCGACGAGACUGACAACCAGACGAUCGUGUCCAUCAACCCCAGAGAACCCCGGCGCCGCGCCAGACUGAUAGCUGAGGCUGAUUAUAUAUAUUUUCCUAUAGGUGUAGCAUUCGCUGGCAUAAGAGGCAGCUACCCGCCGUCGCGGCCGGUGCUGCCUUUCCAGCACGUCGUGAGAAGUUUCUCAGACUCUCAUUUGUGCUUAAAGUUAUUGACCAGCACGUCGUGUCCGCCGAGCUGCUUGGAAACACCCUCACCGAGCUCCGGCAUCUUAGUUUUAGAUCUGAAACCUGCUCCAGAAAGACCGCUGAGACGGCCAGCUAUAGCGUCCACCACGAGCUCUGAGAGAGUGUCGUGGGGCAGCACCAUUGACGAACGUGCUGACGUGUCACAGUACGACGCUGAUUACGUUCAGCAUUGGUUAGAAUUAGACGACGCCAGAUCCGCCCUGCAACAGAGACAUAGGGAUCUCGCGGACUUGGAGUAUGAUAGAGCGGAACUGGAAGACUGGAGCCUGUCCCUCUCGUGUGAGGAUCUGAGAGACAGACAAUCCCCGUUCGCUGAGAUAACUACCCCCGGUCAGAUAUCUCAUUCAACAUUACCGAGCAUUAGAGAAGAUGACGCGCUGGAGUUAGAAGAGGAUGUAGGUGAUUGUUUGUGGAAUGAUUGCGGAUUUGCGACGGUCGAAAUCGAUGAAUGCAGAAUAGGUGACGAAGUUGAAAACUCAGAGAAGAGAUGGGAGUACACGGGAACACAUUCCCCGGGCGGGUCCUGGUCCAGCGCGUCAGAUGCGCCUGAAAAACGAUCUAGUACAGCCUUAAGUGAAGACGGCGACUGUGCUAACAUAGGACUAGACUUUACGAGGGAUUUUUACAGACUUGUCAAAUAUGAAAGCACGAAAAGUUUAGCAUCCAAUUCAUCAAAAGGCGUCACAACCCAAGAUCCAGCGAACCAUUUAAGAAUAACUGAUGUUCAGACUGUGGGGCUGCAAGAUCGUGAACAGGCGCUGCAGAAUGUUCUCAACUUUAUAGCAGAACAGCAGAAGUACUGUCGUGAUAGAGAAGAAUCGGAUUCUAUGUCUUCUCGACCUGUGUCCGAAAUACGUGAACUUCCUCCUCCGUACGCCGCUGCCGAUUUUGACGACGAGUCCGUAGAUCCCCGCAGUGAAAUAUCAGAAGAUCGGCAAAGACCGGAUUCGUUCGGCAGUUUUUCUGAAAACGAUUCAUGUGACGUCAUCCCUCUCGAUAGAACAAGACUCCCUAUUUGUGAAAAUAUAUCCGAGCCAAGAUCUACACCUCGAUUCAUAGAGCGCGAAGAUCCUUACGUCGAAUCUGAAGAUUACUAUGACAUGUCGCGUGUCGAAAAUGCAGAAAAUGAAAUCGAUGCCCACCAUCUCUUAAAGGUACAGAGAAAGAAUGAAAUUAAUAGAAACAUUGACAUUAAUAACUUAGCCGACUUAGAGCCACCGAGCACAGAGAAAGAUGAAGAAACUUGUGAUAACGAAUCUAGUCGAACCUUAGAACAUAACUCGGCGUUAAAAGAGAAUACAGUAAACAUAAUAGUGAACAAAGAAGGGUCUAAUGAAAGAGAGAUAGAGGCGUCCCUUCCCAAAUCCACGAGUCUUCAAAGCGCUAUGGAAAAUGAAAUAUCUGUAGUCGAUGAAACAUUGACUAUUUGUAGAAGAACGUCACUCAACACCGUGCCAGAAGAAGAGGAGAGCUCCUCGCCCGAAACGAGCUCGCCGCAAAUGACUGAAUCAAACACAACGAGCACGUCGACAGCUGAAACUGUGAUAGUUAGUAAUAAGAAUGAGAGUUUCAACAGAGAGGUGAGACGCAGAAACGAAAAAAGCCGGAUACCGAUGCUAACGGGUGGCAAAAGACCACCCUCGUCACCACACAAGACGAGGUCGAAGAUCCCAGUCUCGGACAGAGGAAAACCAGCGCAGAAACAAACAACGCCGCAACCAGAACCUAUUAUCGUCAAACAAGAAAACACACUGAGCUUCCACGAAGCUGCUACCUCGAAAGAGGUCAUAGAAGAACUUAACAGGAUGAUUCGCCAAAGCGAAGGUGCAGCGACAACAACCGAAGUGAAAACUGAAGAUGGACAAGAAAAACAAUAUGGACAAAAAGAUAGUGCGUUAUGGGCGCCCACCGGCUGGGUUCACGUUGAAAAAGACAUUGACUUCAGUGACCCAAAGGCUCGCGCUAAUCUCUUGGACGUGAUGCUAGCUUCAAGUGAUUCGUCUCCAUCAUCAUGCGGCUCGUCUCCCGCGGAACAGCCUCCAUACUCCCGGCUACACCGGCUCCAUCGCUCAAGACGACAGAAGACCGCGGCGGCGCUCCGGCUCCGCGGCCUGGGAGCCCUGCGGCACGCGCGCCACCGCCGCCCCUCCAUACUGGGUCGGGACGGAUUCUUCGUGCGCUACGCUGAACCCGAGAAGGCCGCCGUCGCAACAUUCGACUUCCUCGACGAACUAUCAGCCGGAUCCUCACCUGACUCCAAACACACGUAG